CCUGUCCCCUCUCCUCCCUGCCUCUUCUCCCCUGUCCCUCCUCCUCCCUGCCUCCUCUCCCCUGUCCCUCCUCCCCUCUUCCUCUCCUCUGCCCAAACCCCAGCUCUUUCUCUCUCUUUUGUAGUCAAACGCCGGAGGGUGGAAGAGCAGGAUAGGUGUGGGUCUCCUGAACUCUACGAGGAGGAGGGAAGGUUUGGGGAUAGUUUGGAGUUGGACACUCAGACUGAGAGAAUGAUUCUACUACAAGACCAGAGAGAGGGGAGGGAGAGAGAGUGUGCUAACUCACAGCAUGAGAGAGGAAGGAGGGAGAAGGGUGGAGAGGAGGAGAGAGGGAGGGAGAAAGGUGGAGAGGAGAGAGGAAGGAGGGAGAAGGGUGGAGAGGAGGAGAGAGGGAGGGAGAAUGGUGGAGAGGGGAAAUCCACCGACGUUAACCCACCGAACCCCUCAACAGUCAACAGUAUCCAUGGCAACCCCCAUACCUAUGGUUUCCAUGACGACGCUGCGCCCAGGUACAACUUCUCUCUGACUGACAGCCAGAUGGAACAGAUCCUCGACAACCAGAUCUUGGCAGGCGAUAAUGAUGUCGAUGAUGAACCCUUCCCACCCCCUAACGCACAUCGCUCCUCAGUGACCAAUGAGAACAGUCUAAACGGCAGUAGCAGCUUCCUAUUCGACAGCCUGUACGACAGCUCUUUAUUGGCUGGGUUUAGCCACGACUCUCACCAAUCAGAGGAAGAGAAGGAGGGGACUGUUGUCAUGGAGACCAGUCUCCUGUCCAACCAGCAGCGGCAACGCAGCGGGCUCAUAGCCAAUCAGGAGGCAGAGGAACAGGAGGCCGUCCAAUGGGGCGAGUCGUCCUUCAACCUAUCAGAGUGGGGCGACUCUCUGCUGGUUGGAGAGCACUUCCUAGAGAGGCGGAGCCUGCUGAGACACACGGAGGGACUUCAACACGAACAAGACUACGGUCAGACCGACAGACCCCAACCUGACCAUGGGGAAACAGAGCAACAAGGACCUCAACCCAACCACAGCAAUGGUCAGACAGACGAUCACGGUCGGGGAAAAUACACACAUGACCAGUGUUUGACGGAGCGACCUCAACACAAUCACAGUGGUCUGUUAUAUGAAUCCAAAGACAACCAUAACCAGACAGACAGACUGACACAGAACACUGGUGGAGAAGAGGUGGAACCUUCCUGGUCAGAGAGACGGGGAGAGAAGAGGAGAGAGGGGAUGAGAAAUGUAGUGGGAGAGGAAAGGGGAGAAAAAGGAGGAGAUGGAGGGGUUGAGAAGGAGAGAGAUGUGAGAGGUGUUGCAGUGUGUGAGAGCAGGCUGUUGAAAAGACCUGCAUCACGGAGAGAUGGAGGGAGAGAGCGAGAGGAGGAGAGAGAGAAGAGGAGAGAGACUGAACCCUCCCUCCUCUGCAGCCCUGGACUCCAGGACAUCUUUGAUCGUUGGCCUAGUAUGUCUGACCAGCCCUCCCAACACCCUCUGCUGCCACCUGCUCACACACUCAUACACACUGCUGUUGACAACCAAGACUCAGAGGACAGUUUGACUGGUCUGACUGAUCUAACAGCACUGGUACGUGCUGAGGAGGACAGAGAGACAGAGGACAGUUUGACUGGUCUGACUGAUCUAACAGCACUGGUAAGUGCUGAGGAGGACAGAGAGACAAAGGACAGUUUGACUGGUCUGACAGCACUGGUACGUACUGAGGAGGACCGAGAGACAGGAGAGACCAGUGUGAGAUGGGGGGAGAUGAGGCAAGCCCUGAGGGAGAAAGAGGGGGAGAGACGAGGGGAGACAGGAGAGAACAACGUGAGAUGGGGGGAGACAGGGGGACAACUGGGAGAGAGCGAAGAGGGGAGAUCAGGUGGGGCUCAUGGGGACCUCAUCCCCCCAACUCAAGAAACUGUUAAACUGACCAUCUCCUCUGUCCAAUCACCUCACAUUAUGAGGACUAUCAACCAAUCACCUUACACCACUAGGACUAUCCACCAUUCACCUCUCACCACCAGACCUCACAACCAACCAACUCAUAUUUCCCAUCCUCUCAACCAAUCAACCCCCACCCCUCGACCUAUCCACCAAUCAGCUCACUCCUCCCACCUCCCUGAUCAACCAGCAGUCUCUGUUGGUCCCCAGUUCCUGAAACCAGAUCACAAAACAGACCCUAAACCGCCCCCCAAAAUAGAUACCAAACCUCCCCCCAAAACAGACACCAAACCUCCCCCUCAACCCAAAACGUUGCAAGACUCUCCUCCUGUCCUCUCCCCCCCCUCAUCUCUGACUGACGAGGGCUUCACCCUCCAGCUCUCCCAGGAUGCAUCUCUCUCUCCCAGCAGCCCUAGCGGUGGGCUGGCCAUCAUAGACGUGGCGAGCGACAGAACACUGUUCUACACCUUUAUAGAGGAGUGGAGGAGGAAGGAGAGGUAUUCCCUCGUUCCUGUCUGUCAAACGAAAGAACAAGGAGGAGACAGAGGGAUUGGAGGGAGGCAGAUGAGAGGUAACUACGCACGCAUAGACACAAUCACACCAGGGCUACAAUUUCCUUGCGGAGGCCCUAUUGAGUGGCUGUAA